CGGCAUCGCGCGCGUCCCCUCCCGAUUGGUAUGAAACAUCCAUGAUCCAUCCCUCGCGCUCAUGGAGUUCGAAACAUCCCUCCCGCCGGCCGGCCUGACCGACCACCGUCACGUCGCUUGCGCCCGCCGUUACCAGAUACAAGACCGCCCCCGACCGCCGAUGCAUGGUAUCUCUCCCUUCCUCCGUCUCUCCGACGUGGGGGUGCGGCGACACGGAGGUGGAUGGAGCUCGCUUCGGCCAUCCUGCACGCGCCCUGCUCGAUGAAUUGACUGCGAAGUUGAAUUGACCAACCCCAUAAAGUCAGGAAUCCACGAUUAUUCUUCCCCAUCCAGUUUAUUGGUAAGCAUCUUAGCAAUGUAUACCAGCAACUCAUUAUAUAUAUUAGUUUAGAUGCAGAUAAGUUUUUGUACCCAAUAUGGAUAAACCAAAUUCAGCACUCUGGUGGGCAUAUUGGAUCCCAACCUGGUAUCAAACUGCAUACAUGUCUGGAAACUGCACAUUAUUCUGUGGCCUUAGCUGUGGGGUUAGAGCGUGGGCAUCAUCAGUUCCCUGAAAGUGACCAUCCUGGCCUGAUGCAUCCUCAAUUUCUUUGAAUGUUCAAAUACAGAUAGAUGUUAUGGAUAUGAGAGAUCCCACCUUUAUUGGUACUAGCUUUAAUACUGGCAUGGCGUUUUGAUUAUCUGGUCAAAUGUGUCACCCUCUACCAGGACUUUUCUGGAGCUUAGGUGAGCGAAAAAGGCUGACUUUGAGUCUUCGACUGCAUGUGAGGCAAUGCACCGGCAUGCAUGAUUACAGCUCUGGAGCUACUUUUAGAUCCUUAAUAAGCUGAGACCCUGUAGCAUUCUGCUAUCGACCUGGAGUGGUUUCCCCCUUUUUCAGGAUUGAGACACACAAGCACCAGAAAUAGAUACUUGUUUCAGUCACCAUCCGGUGCUGCCAUCUCUGAAACCAUGGCUCCAGCUCUACCACCAAACCUUGCCACCGUCUCCCUCCUCUCCUUUCUCGCGCUAGUCUCAUGCGCCGCAAGUCGGGACAUUCUGCAGCUGGGAUCCUCCCUUGCCGUGGAAGCCUACCAGAGUGACAUCCUUCAGUCACCGGACGGCACCUUCUCCUGCGGCUUCUACAGCAUCUACGAGAACGCCUUCACGUUCUCAGUAUGGUACUCCAGGGCAGCCAACAAGACCGUUGUCUGGAGCGCGAACCGCGACCGCCCCGUCCACUCCAGGAGGGCGGCCCUGACAUUGCGCAAGGACGGCAACAUGGUGCUCAGAGACUACGACGACACCCUGGUGUGGCAAGCUGCUGAUUACCUCACAAAUGUUCAGCAUGCUCAGCUGCUGGACACCGGGAAUCUCGUCGUGAAGAACACCAGCGGCGGCAUAGUAUGGCAGAGUUUUGAUUCACCGACAGACACUCUCCUGCCGUCCCAGCGCAUCACCGCUGCGACACAGUUGGCCCCGACGACCCAGUCCCAUGCUCCUGGUAACUACAUCUUCCGUUUCAAUGAUAUAUCGAUGCUGUCACUCAUAUACAAUGUUCCUGAUGUCUCGGAUAUAUACUGGCCAAACCCUGAUAUUAGCGUCUUCGACAAUAGCAGAAGCCGGUAUAACAGUACUAGAUUGGGGAGUUUAGGCAACAAUGGAGUCCUUUCAUCUAGUGAUUUUGCUGAUGGACUACUACUUAAGGCCUCUGAUGCAGCGGUGCCGGGGACCAAGAGAAGGCUUACUCUCGACCCUGAUGGUAAUUUCCGGAUGUACAGCCUGGAUGACUCAGAUGGGGUGUGGUCAGUUUCAAUGGUAGCUAUAUCCCAGCCUUGCGCCAUCCAUGGCAUAUGCGGUCAGAAUGGAAUCUGCCAUUACUCGCCUAAACCUACGUGCUCAUGCCCACCAGGUUACGUGAUGACCAACCCAGGUAACUGGACUGAAGGCUGCACGGCUACUUUCAAAUUAACUUGUGGUGAUCAGGAACCUGUGCAGUUCGUGAAGCUCCCCCACACGGAUUUCUGGGGAUCUGAUCAGAAGCGUCUUCUGGGAGUCUCCUUGGAGGCUUGUAUGGACAGUUGCAUUAGUGACUGCACCUGCAAAGGCUUCCAGUACCUGCAAGGCAAAGGGUCAUGCUACCCGAAAUCCCUUCUUUUCAAUGGAAUGAGUUGUGCAACACCUAUGGUGCGAGCAAUCUAUCUCAAGCUUCCUGCCAGGUUCAAUGUAUCAGAUACACCUAUUCCUCAGUCCAAUGUGUUGGAUCCGGCACCGCCUACCCUGCACUGCGACCAGAUGAGCCAAGGAGUCAGACACCCAUUUCCGGAUGUAAAAGAAACCAGUGAUGGAGAACCAAAGUGGAUCUACUUCUUCAGUUUCAUAGUUGCAAUUUUUGUUAUUGAGGUUUCCUUCAUAGCAUUUGCAUGGUUCUUUGUCUUUAGAAGAGAGAUGGGGCCAUCAGAGGUGUGGGCAGCCGAGGAAGGUUACAAGGUGAUGACUAGCCAUUUUCGAAGAUACAGUUACAGAGAGCUCGCGAAGGCAACAAGAGAGUUCAGAGUGGAGCUAGGAAGGGGAAGAUCAGGCGCUGUGUACAAAGGUGUCCUAGAAGAUGAAAGGUCAGUGGCUGUGAAGAAGCUCAAAAAUAUAAGUCGUGGCAAGGAAGAGUUUCAAGCUGAACUGAGCAUCAUUGGCAGGAUUAACCACAUGAAUCUGGCGAGAAUUUGGGGGUUUUGCUCAGAAGGGUCACACAGGCUGUUGGUUUGUGAGUAUGUGGAGAACGGGUCCCUGGCAAAUAUUUUGUUCAGAGACCAAAAAACAUCCGUCCUGGACUGGAAGCAAAGGUUUAAUAUUGCAUUAGGUGUGGCCAAAGGAUUGGCCUAUCUUCACCAUGAGUGCUUAGAAUGGGUCAUCCACUGUGAUGUGAAACCUGAGAACAUACUGCUGGACACAGACUUUGAGCCUAAGAUCACCGACUUCGGGUUGGCGAAGUUGCUAAGCCGAGCUGGAUCCAAUCAGAACAUGUCGAAGGUGCGAGGAACAGAUGGUUACAUAGCUCCCGAGUGGGUUUCUGGCCUCCCAAUCACAGCAAAAGUUGAUGUGUACAGUUAUGGAGUUGUGCUGCUUGAGCUUUUAUCUGGGACAAGAGUUUCGGAGCUGGCUGUCGGUUCAGACGCAGAGGUGCACAGCAUGCUCGGUAAGCUUGUCAGGGCGCUUGCUGAUAAACUGGAGGUACAUGAAGAAUCAUGGGUUGGUGAAUUUGUAGACCAGGAAUUGAGUGGACAGUUCAACUAUCUGCAAGCAAGAACGGUGAUCGAGUUGGCUGUUUCUUGCUUGCAGAAAGAUAGAAACAAGAGGCCGACCAUGGAAUCUGUAGUCCAGACUCUCCUGUCGUUUGAUGAAGCUAGUGAUUAGUGCUUGGACUACAACUGUUUGUGGAAUGUGUGGAUAGGGUAAGAGUAGCAUUUGAUUGCAUGGUAAGGGAUGUACAAAUGCUUGCAACAAGGUUCCACUACCAUCCAUUUGAACAUUGGAUACAACGGAUCUUGGUUUGUUUCUUCGUCCGAAUAGUCCGGUGGUAAAAAAAAGAUCAUGUUUGUCAUCGUAAUUUCAAGUUUAUAAAUAACAUGUAAAUGUUACAGUUUGACCUAUUUUUUGAACAGUGUCGUUGCUAAAAGACAGUUAAUGUUUGUCU